AUGGCUAGCAACGGUACCAACAAGACAGAUCCUCGAUCCAUGAAUUCCCAUGUAUUCAUUGGGAAUCUCAACACUCUGGUGGUCAAGAAGUCUAAUGUGAAGACCAUCUUUUCAAAGUAUGGCAAAAUUGUGGGUUGCUCUGUCCAUAAAGGCUUUGCCUUUGUCCAGUAUGUUAAUGAAAGAAAUGCCCAAGCUGCUGUAGCUGGAGAGGAUGGCAGAAUGAUCGCUGGCCAGGUUUUAGAUAUUAACCUGGCUGCAGAGCUAAAAGUGAACCAAGGAAAAGCGGGUGUGAACCGAUCUGCAGCAGAGAUGUACGGUUCCUCAUUUGACUUGGACUAUGACUUUCAACGGGAUUAUUAUGACAGGAUGUACAGUUACCCAGCACGUGUUCCUCCUCCUCCUCCUAUUGCUNGAGCUGUGGUGCCUUCCAAACGCCAGCGUGUUUCAGGGAACACCUCANGAAGGGGCAAAAGUGGAUUCAAUUCGAAGAGUGGACAACGGGGAUCUUCUUCCAAGUNUGGAAAGUUGAAAGGUGAUGACCUUCAGGCCAUUAAAAAGGAGCUGACUCAGAUAAAACAAAAGGUGGAUUCUCUUCUGGAAAGCCUGGAAAAAAUUGAAAAAGAACAAAGCAAGCAAGCCGACUUGUCCUUCUCAUCCCCAGUAGAGAUGAAGAAUGAGAAGUCUGAAGAAGAGCAGAGCAGCGCCUCUGUGAAGAAGGAUGAGACUAAUGUGAAGAUGGAGUCUGAGGCAGGUGCAGAUGACUCUGCUGAGGAGGGUGACCUGCUGGAUGAUGACGAUAAUGAAGAUCGGGAGGGAUGACCAGCUGGAGUUGAAAGAUGAUGAAAAAUAGCCUGAGGAAGGAAAAGAUGACAGAGACAGCGCCAAUGGGGAGGAUGACUCUUAAGCACAUAGUGGAGCUUAGAAAUCUUAUCCCAUUAUUCAUCUAC